AGUUAGGGAUAUGAAUAACUCCAGUUACUGACUGUAAGAGAGAAGGACUGAUGUGCAGCACAGUUAGGUCCAGGUGUGUGUAAUAACCUGUUAUUGUGAGCUUUAGUGGACCAGAUGCCUUAGUUACUGUAAACUUUUGUUCUGUAAAAAUGGAAAGAGCUUUACUUGUUACUAGGUUACCUCUUUUUCAAGAUGCUGUAAGAGGGCGUGUCUGUCUGUGUGUUCUUUCCUGGUAAGAGUCUUGGAAGCGAUGAGAGGGGGAUGUUCAAUCAUAAGGGAUUAAUUCCUGGUUGAUCAAGUUCAACAGUGAAGCCGCCCUCUGUAAACUCAUCAAGCCUAUAGGCAAACAGUGGGAGUACAGACUUACGGCUUUAAAUAACAAUCUGGGCAGAAAUUACCGCUACAUUAUUAGUAUGUCUUGAGACCUUUUUCAACAUUGCAUGUUUAACAUAGCUUAUGUUUUGUAGACCCAGUUAUUUUCUGAGGAUACAUUUAUGUACUGAAAGUACUAUUUUCUUCUUGACGUUCAAAUAAAUACAGGGGUAUCUGUGAAAUCCCUCUCUCUCUCUCUCUCUCUGUGUCGUCAGUGUGUGUGCGUGUAUGAACUAGAAUACUGACAUACCUUUCAUCUCUUCAGAAUGACUAAUUAUGCAUUUGUGUGUGUUUCUGUGUUUGUGUGAGUGGUUCGUUUACGAGUGUGUGUGCACUCGUAUCUAUAACGAUAGUGUGUAAGGAUGUGUCUUUCUGUUUGCGCCUGUCUCUUUGUGCAUGGCUGAUUGCUUUGUCCAUCUGACUACAAUUGAAAGGGGAUCUCUAUCUAUCUCCGUGUCGGUGUGUCUCUAUCUCAGCCGCUCCACCUUAAGGGGAGCUUUAGCAGGCUGUCUUGUUUAUGUUGAAGCCAACAGGCACAAUAUAUUACAGUCCAGGGCUCCCUGCUGAAAAUCCUACUGGAUCUCCUAGUGACCUGCUGUUCUUUCCUGCUUUCCUGUUUUAAAAAAAAGUAUUAUUUAGAUUAAAAGCAAAGCUCGCUCUCUGUCAUAGUUUUUCUCCCUCUUUUUUAAAUGUUGUAUUCCAACAGACAACUCAACCCUUCAGUUUAAGGUUCUGUUCUCUCCUAUGAGAAGAAGAGGGACUGGAGGUACUGUAGAUUGUAGGUGCAUUUGAAUGGAGGAGUGUAGUGUUUGUAUCUUGUUGGAGGGGUUGGUGAAGGGACAGGAAAGGGGGUGUACUUGGGUGUAACGCUCAAGCUUCACUGCCAUGUCAGUGCCUGUGGACUCCAACUGAUUACAGAGCGAGAGAGGCGGGGAGAGGAAAAGAGAAACGAGUGAGACUUUGGUUACACCGAGGAAACGGGAAGAAGGAAAAGGAGCCAAAGUGUUAGUGGGGGGAUUUGUUUUACCGUGAGAGCUGUUUAACGGAUGCACUGACAGAGCUCUCCCAGCUGUGUCGACAGGCUCCGUGUCGGACAGGGACAGACAGAGCAGAGCUGAACGGAAAGAAGAGAAGAGAGCAGGACUGGGCAGGAGGGAGGACUGCUCUCUCCAACCUUGCCUGAGACCAGACCAAAGCAGGCAGAUCUGGACUGGGCUGUGUUCCUGGUGGGGGGCAGAGGAGUGGAGGGUCAGGGGACAGGCUCUGACCUGAUAAUCAAACAGACUGAACAUCUCUCCUGGGACCAUGUACCCUCAGGGCAGGCAUCCGGUCCCUAUUCAGCCCGGUCAGACUUUCAAGUUCACAGUCCUGGAGACCCUGGACCGCAUCAAGGAAGAGUUCCAGUUCCUCCAGGCUCAAUACCACAGCCUGAAACUGGAGUGUGAGAAGCUGGCCAGUGAGAAGACAGAGAUGCAGAGACACUACAUCAUGUACUAUGAGAUGUCCUAUGGGCUGAACAUAGAGAUGCACAAGCAGGCGGAGAUUGUGAAGCGUCUCAGUGCCAUCUGUGCUCAGAUCAUCCCCUUCCUAUCUCAGGAGCAUCAACAGCAGGUGGUCCAGGCAGUGGAGAGGGCCAAACAAGUCACUAUGGCCGAACUCAACGCCAUCAUUGGGCAGCAGCAGCUCCAGCACCUGUCUCACCACACCCCAGGUAUUCCCCUGACUCCCCACCCAUCAGGCCUCUCUCUGGGGGGAGGUUCAGGUCUGCUUGCCCUUACUGGAGCCAUGGGGGUCUCAGCCCACCUGGCCUCCAAGGAUGAACGUAACCACCUGGACCCUGAGCACCUAAGAGAGGCUGCGCCCAGCAGGAGUAAGUCUGUGUCGUCGACAGACAGCCAGCAAGUGGAGGAGCGCCAGGGCCCGUCGGGGGGGUACUCCUCCUCCCAGGGAGGGGGCGACGCUAAGAGGAGGCGCUGUGAUGACAAGGAGCCCCUCCCACCUCACUACGACAGUGAUGGGGACAAGAGUGAGGAUAACCUGGUGGUUGAUGUCUCUAAUGAAGAACCCACUUCUCCCGCGGGCAGCCCCCCUCACUCCCCCCACGGGAAUGGUCUGGACCGGGCCCCCACCCUGAGGAAGGAGUUACCAGGGUCCCCCAGGAGCCCCGGAGAGGUCCCGUCCUCCCCCCUACCAUGCAGCCCCACACCGGGCAAGGCCAAGGACCCAGCACAGGUCGAGAAGUCUGGGUCUUCGUUGUCUAAGUCGAGCACCCCGUCCCCGUCUCACCAUGAGGCUCUUACCCCCGGCCCCAGUACAUCCUGCCUCCGCCUGGUCAGCAGGGCUGCCUCCUCCGCUGACCCCCUGGCUCUCCGCAGUCCUCUGUCUGUGCCCCCCAGUUUGUACCCGGCUCAAUUUGGGGGGGUGUCCCACGCAGGCGUCAAUGGGGAGCUAGCCAGUCCCGGAGGCUUCUCGCCCCAGAUCAGCGCUGCCACCAGCGCCUACACCCGCAGCCCCUUGGCUCUCCAGGUGGCAUAUGAGUCUCGGUCCCACCUCAGGGCCCCAGGGCUGUCCUCCUCACUGCCUGGUGGAUCCUCUGGGGGAAAACCUGCCUACUCUUUCCAUGUAAGUGCGGAUGGACAGAUGCAGCCGGUGCCUUUCCCUCCAGACGCCCUGCUGGGCCCGGGCAUCCCGCGGCACGCCCGGCAGAUCCACACUCUGAACCAUGGAGAGGUGGUGUGUGCCGUUACCAUCAGCACCUCCACACGCCACGUCUACACCGGCGGCAAGGGGUGUGUCAAGGUGUGGGACAUCAGCCAGCCUGGCAGCAAGAGUGCCAUGGCCCAGCUCGACUGUCUGAACAGGGAUAACUACAUCCGCUCAUGUAAGAUUCUCCCUGAUGGGCGGACCCUCAUCGUUGGAGGCGAGGCCAGCACACUGUCAAUCUGGGACUUGGCCACACCCACUCCCCGCAUCAAGGCGGAGUUGACGUCUUCUGCCCCGGCCUGCUACGCUCUGGCCAUUUCCCCCGACAACAAGGUCUGCUUCUCCUGCUGCAGCGACGGAAACAUUGUUGUCUGGGACCUGCACAACCAGACCCUGGUCAGGCAGUUCCAGGGCCACACUGACGGGGCCAGCUGUAUUGAUAUCUCCAACGAUGGGACCAAACUGUGGACGGGGGGGCUGGACAACACAGUACGCUGCUGGGACCUGAGAGAGGGACGACAGCUGCAGCAGCACGACUUCACCUCACAGAUCUUUUCUUUGGGCUACUGUCCUACAGGAGAGUGGCUGGCAGUGGGCAUGGAGAGCAGUAAUGUAGAAGUGCUGCAUGUCUCCAAACCAGACAAGUACCAGCUGCACCUCCAUGAGAGCUGUGUGCUCUCCCUCAAGUUUGCCUCCUGUGGCAAGUGGUUCGUGAGCACAGGGAAGGACAAUCUGCUGAAUGCAUGGAGGACGCCAUAUGGAGCCAGUAUUUUCCAGUCCAAGGAGUCCUCGUCUGUCCUGAGUUGUGACGUGUCACCGGAUGAUAAGUACAUAGUGACUGGUUCUGGAGACAAGAAGGCCACUGUGUAUGAGGCCGCGUUUAAUGAGGAGCGGAGUCAAUCUGAGUCUCAGCGGGCCCCUGUGCCACAAACACUAAACAGACAGGAGCAACACUGGGCUGUUCAUCUUCAUGCUUACCAACAACGGCUUGUUCUCCUGACACCACUCACCGUUUAAUGCUCAUUUAACUUCCCUGUUUAAUACUACAUGCUUCAACGUGUAGCAAAUAAGGAAAUUGAUGAUAUCCACGUACAUUGCAAAACCCUGCUUCGGUAGAACUUGUCACAGAGCUUAAUGUGUACAUUUGUUUUAAGUCAUGCUCAAGCUUCUUGAAUAUUGAAUAUUUUAAGAGCGUGCUGUGUUUGCCUACGUCUGUACGUUGGCCUUGGAGAGCAAAAUUAAGCGAUACACUACACAACCUAGUGACACACAAGUGGGUGAGGGAAAUAUAUUUGUCUUUUUAAUUUUUUUUUUAUCUGUGUCCUUCUCCUUGGUGAUGGUGACAAGCAGUGGACUGUACUGCCCUUUUCACAACACCACAGGGGUCCUAAAACUGGGCUACCAUUUUGGGGAAGGCUUGUUCCGACUCCUGUUUUUGUUCCUGUUUCAAGCAGAAGUGAUAACUGUACUUAUGUAGGUUUUCAGUCAUUAGUGUGUAAUGCUAUUUCAGUGUUUCUGUUCAAUCUAUAGUCGGUCAGUAUACAGCAGCAGGUGUUAGGGGAAAGGUGAAGAGACAUUGGGAAGUGUACAGUAUAUGGUGCCUGCCUCCCCAUCCCUCUCAUUGCCUGUCAGCCAUAGACAGUCUCUCUCAAUUAAAAAUCAAAUUUUAUUGGUCACAUACACAUAUUUAGCAGAUGUUAUUGCGGGUGUCUCUCAGCUCACUGACCACGUUUACAUGCGUACAUGUAUUCCGGAUUGUAGCUCAUAUCCCGCUUAAGGUCUUAUUUGGGAUCAGUUAUUUACAUGCACCUUUGAUAUCCCUGUAUCUCUCUAUGAAUAAACAGAAUAUUCCUCAUUUUAAGUUCAUAUGGGCUAAAUGGAAUAGUAACUGAAAUCUGGACACUAACUGUAGGUCUAUAACCUCACAUAUAGUAUAACAUAAUAUUAACUCCUGUUGAAUUAUGCAUUUCUUGCAGUAAAAUUAUACAAUUAAUGUAAAUUGUCAGGAACUAGAGUGAGAAAAAUUAUCUCUUGGGGAAAAUGUGUGUAAUGCGUUUUAUCUUGGUCACUUAUGCAAGCAGACAGUAUUUCAACCACAUGAAAAUAUGCACCAAGACAAACUGAAGUCUUUUUGGAAACUUGUUUCAUCAGCUGUUCAUUUCCUUAAAACCAGUCAAACUGAUCACAUUUGGACAUUUUGCACAGGACCAAUCAUUCCACCGUUUAAAUUAUUGCAUUUUCUCCUCGGUCCCUAAAUGAAAGACAACUUUACUGGUGUUAAUUAGAUUACUAAUGCAUUCAUUCUAUCGGUGUAAGACAUUCUGGUGUGCACUACUUUAGUCUUCCCGGGCAACAAGUUGGCAAAUGGUUUACCGAAUGUUGGAAAUCAUAUUCUGGCCUACUAUAUGUCAGAAAUGUGUAAAAAUAAGGGUGAAAGUAGUCAGUAAGCUAUACGGUCCAGUAGAGUCUAAGCAAAAUAAAUUAUGGAAUUAUUAUGGUAGCCUACUUUUUGAAGUGAUUUGUUUGACAAUCAGAUGAAAAUAUCACAACACCCAUGAUAUUCGAAACGGGAUAAAAUGUUUAUAUGCCACAGUAUCCCGUCGAAGAUUAGCACAUCCCAGGCAUCUUAUCUGGUUCUCAGAACCGGGAUACAAGCCUUUUCGGAUUAUUGUCAAAUAUAUCCCAUUAUAUGCGUCUACUUCGAAACAAAAUACUUAAGUAUCCAGAAUAACGGGAUAUUGGUGUGCAUGUAAACGUGGUCACUGUCAGUAAAACCUUCACAGCCCCUGCUUUCUCUGUUACGACAGUUAAUGACUUGUUUUAAGUGCUCGAUUCAAUCCGUAGCGUGAUUGAAAUUUAAGGGUCAUCUUCGAUUGCGCUGACAUAUGCCGUUUUUUUAUCAUUAAUGAAGUCUCCUUGAAAGUGGGAACAUUGCGGUUAAAUUUCUACCGCACUGUAGCACAGCUCUUCAGCGCUACGGAUUGAAUAGUGCUCUUAUUUAAUGACUUAAAGCCAAUGAAAUUAAAAUGUAAUAAAUUAAUUGUUUUCCUUUCUAAAGAAUUUCCCAUGUGUGCUACAAGAAAUACUACGACUGGAAAAAUAAAUGGUUCAUCUUUUAAGUGCC